UGAGAAGAGAACAAUUCUUGAAGAGCUCUCAUCUUACUGCAGCUUGAGAAUUAUUACUUACUUCGUACGAUGACAUCAUCACAUCUUGCUAUUCUGGUCCUUAUGCUGUCUGCCUUCUGUAUGACAGUUCUGUCGGCAUCCCAUGGACUUGAGACUCCCUCCAAAUGUUGUUUUCAGUUUUCUAAUGCAGCAAUUCCAGUGAAAAAGUUAAAGGGCUACUAUAACACAGAUGAAGCAUGUCCAACUAAAGCUGUUGUAUUUGUAAACCAAGCUGGUGCUGAAUUCUGCAGAAUGAAAGAUUUACCCUGGGUGACGAAUCAUAUGAAGCGUCUGCCAACUCUUAGCAGCAGCUAAAUGCUGAAGGCUUAGAUUAUUAAGAAAUGUAAAAAAAAAAAAUUACACAUAUUUAUUAAAGUCAACUAUUGUUUGUUAUGAUUUUAAGAUGAGCAAGUUAAGAAACAUAUAAAAUAUAUUCUAAAAUAUGCUAUGCCACUCAAAAGAGAUAUUAUGAAACUGUGAAAAAAAUGUUUACGUCACUUAUGUUUAAACAACAGAUUUAUUUAGUUAUCUAUGACUUUCUGACUUAAAUAUCAGCCAUUUAUUGACUGUAUAGUCAAGAUGUUUUGUUCAGAUUUAUAGCAGAAAAGUAGAGUACUUCUCACAGUGAAAUACUGCAAAAAAAGAUACUAGUUCUCUUUGAAUAAGCAUAGUGCAUAUAGAAUACAGACUCUGAACAGAUGUGUUGCACACAGUAGCCACAGCAUUAUGUUUGUAUCUCUUCAUUAAUUCUGUUUUGUAUUAUAUUCACCAUAAAGAUAAUAUGAUUGUAUCUAAAGUUCUUUAAUAAAUUUUGGUCAUGUGUUAUAAACAGA